AACAGUUUUGUUCAGAACUGCUCUUUACUCCAAGUGGCUCUAAGCAGAUGAACCAGAAGCAGAUGAUUCUUUCCAUCAUGGGAAUAAAAGAUCAUACUUUCUCUUCCUGUGCACAGAUUAUGAUCCUGGCUCUUCUAGCAUGCAGGUGUUCAGCAGUUGAAUCUCUGCGUUGUGCUGUUUCAUCCCCUUCACCCAGCACUCCAGUUUCUGUGCAUUCUCUGAGGCCAGCUGAUGUGUCCAUGGUAUCUGCACUGGUUUUGUCCGAUGUGAAGAGAUCUGAUGAAAUUAGAGCCCUGAACAUGCUAUCUGAAAUAUUGUUCACCUUUAACCCAGAUGUGACAACUGUUGUACCUGAUCAAAGAAGCUUAAUGGAUCACGUAAAGUACAUGGAGUCACUCAGCAGCCCCACUCAGUGGAAGUUGCUCCUGUUCUUCAUACCAGUCGAUGAGCUCUCUGUGUGUACGGACCAGGACUUGAAUGCAACCAUUGAUGCAACAGUUAAUAAAGUUGAACAGACACUGGACUCUCUUCAUAAGAAGUUGAAAAAUACACUGGUCAUGUUGUUGUUUGGAGUGGACUUUCACAUGACCGGUCAAGUGUGUCAGUUCCAGUGUGAGGAAAGAUAUGAUGAAAACAGACGCAGACUCGAUACUAUAGUACUCAUGGCUUUAUUGCAGGAAUCUGUCAGUGCUCUUCUAGAGAGAAGAGGCUGGUUUGGUGACCGGGAAGAUUUCAGCGUAAUGCUUCAAUCCAGUCCAGUGCACAUCGAACUGUCAAACCCA